CUGGUGUUUAGCAAAGCAUUCUCAUAUUGUUGAGAAGACGUUUGUAGCGUUGUGAACCUUUUCACAACUUGGAUGGAGAAACCACCCAAAUUUUGGGUGGAGGAAUGACCAGCAAGUAGCUCCAGCAGCCUUGGCUCCAGGACCCUCUCAACUCGCAAUUCAAGCACCUCCAAUGCAAAAGAAGGGACUUGAGGAGACAAUGCAUCAAUUGUCAAACACCUUGCAGCAGUUUAUGCAAGGUCAAGCAACAAUCAACAAUCAAAACUCUCAAGCGAUAAAUGACAUUCGGAGCACACUUACAAAAAUGACUACGGCAUGGAGCUCUCAAGAGAAAGGAAAACUUCCUGCACAACAUCAACCCAAUCCACAAAGUCAGCCACCACAAGGAGCGGUUGAGAGUUCAAAUGUGAGGCAAGUGAAGGCUGUCACUACUUUGAGAAAUGGUAGGGUGGUGAACAUUCCAGCUCAAGGUUCAGACAAGGCUGGUAAGGUCUCUAAACCUGUACAAAAUGACGCUGAAAAUGGUGAGUUUGAACAAAAUGAAACUGAAACUGAAAAUAUUUCAUGUCCUGUACCUGCUCCUUUUCCUCAAAGAUUGGUUCCUCUGCACAAAGACAAACACCAAUCUGAAAUUUUAGAAAUAUUCAAACAUGUUAGGAUUAAUAUCCCUUUGUUAGAUGCUAUUCAACAAAUUCCUGCAUAUGCUAAGUUUCUAAAUGAUUUGUGUAUGGUUAAAAGAAAGUUAAAUGUGCAAAAGAAAGCUUUUCUUACUAAGCAGGUCAGUGCCAUAAUUCAGAGCAAUACCCCACCAAAAUAUAAAGACCCCGGUUCACCAACAAUUGCUUGUGUUAUAGGAAGUUCAAAAAUUGGUCAAGCAUUGUUAGAUCUAGGCUCAAGUGUGAAUUUAGUUCCUUAUAAUGUUUAUGAGCAACUUGGUUUGGGGGAAUUAAAACCAACUCCUAUCAUUUUACAACUAGCGGAUAGGUCUAUUAAAAUGCCAAGAGGAGUUGUUGAGGAUGUCUUGGUUCAAGUGGAUAAAUUCUUUUAUCCCGUUGAUUUUGUUGUGUUGGAUGUUCACUUGACACCAAAAUCUUCUUUUCAAGCACUUGUGAUUCUUGGGAGACCUUUUCUUGCUACUUCAAAUGCAUUAAUAAAUUGUAGGAGUGGUGUUUUAAAGCUGAGUUUUGGGAACAUGACCCUUGAACUAAAUAUUUUCAAUAUUUGUAGGCAACCUCAAGACUUGGAAGAUGUACAAGAAGUGAAUCUGUUGGAAAGCAUCCUUGAGGAGGAGACUUAUUUGGCAUACCAGCCCACUAACCUGCUGUUUGAGUUAGAAAAUUUUUGUGAACUCCUCACUGAUGACGCCCCCAUUGAUGUUUCUCAUGUUUUUAAUGCAGAAAAUAAAUUGGAGACUAAAUGGAGGCCAAAGAUUGAGCAACUCCCACCAUUGACAGCAAGUUUGAAGCCUUCAGCAAAUGAAAUCCCAACCUUAGAGCUGAAGCCAUUGCCAAAUGACUUAAAAUAUGCAUUUCUGGGACCGGACAACACCUUCCCAGUGGUGAUUUCAGCCCAACUCUCUCAUGAUCAAGAAGGAAAAUCGAUGGAAGUCUUAAAGCAACACAAAGGUGCCAUUGGGUGGACAAUCGCAGAUAUAAAAGCGUUAAAGUACUUAUUGUCGAAGAAUGAUGCUAAACCACGUUUAAUCCGAUGGAUUCUUCUUCUCCAAGAAUUCGAUCUUAUCAUCAAAGACAAGAAGGGUGCUGAAAACGUAGUUGCCGACCACUUGUCUCGGCUUACAUUUGCUGGACAGACUCCACCCCAUUGGAGUGCUCAAGACAUACGGAAAUUCAACCAUGAGGACAUUAUGGGAAAAAUAUUAAUUUAUAUGGGUAUUUUUGGAAAUACCCAACUGGCACAACAACAUGAGAUGGCACUCAAGCACACGGAAAAGGACUGCAAGGCAGAGAGUGAAGCAAGAAAUGGCAUGGUGCUCGGCUGCGCACUACAGGGAGAGAUGCUGGGCAGAUCAAAACGCAGAGCUCGAAAACGUGAAACGCAGAGAAGAAACACUGGGCUGAGACGUGCGCACUACAGGACGAAACGCGCAGCAGAAAUGGAGAAGUGGAACGCGAGCGGGCUGGAGCAAAACACAUGCACUGCAGACGUGAAAUGCUGGGAGCUGGAACGCGAUCCUGGGCUGACUCACGGAUGCUCAAAACGCAGGAAAUCGAGAUGCGAAAUGCAGAACUGGGCUGGGCGAAACACAAAACGCACAAAACGGAGAGGUGAAACGUGGAUCUGUGCUGCGCACUGCAAGGACGCACUCAGGCGGAUAGAAACACACGAAGAGGAGCUCAAAACGCAAAUGCAAACCUGUGCUGAGCUGAGGCAAAACGCAGGAAAUGGAGAUGAAACGCGGACGAGCAGAACGCGAGCUGGGGCUGACUCAAAACGCACAGCAAGGAGAGCGAAACGCAGUGGGCUGAGAGGCAAAAUGCAUAGUAUAAAAAGAAAUUUUUUUGCUGUGCGCCUCUCUCUUUUUUUUCCGGACUUAUUUUCGUUCGGUGGUUCAGUUCUUCCUCUUCAUUUUUAUUUUCAGUUCUUUUCAUUACUUCAUUUCUUUUUAUUCUGUCGGUUUUUGUUAUUCUUAGUUUCGGAUUUCAGCAUACUUGAAAGAUAUAGUUUAUUUUUCAUUCAGCCACUUUCCUUAGAAACAGUAUAUGAUGAUGUUAGAUUUUAA